AUGCCGGCGGUGCCUGAGGUUGAACAAGGAGUGUGGCCUGAACCGGUCAAAACGCCUCAACUUGAAACAUCUUCAUAUGACCCUGCAAACGAUGCAAAAAAUGAGCCCCUUGACACCAAUUCUAACUUGGAGCAAGAGGCAUCUGCCGCAUUUUUGGAGGGGUUCACAGAAGCCCGACUAUCUUCACGGUCACUACCAUGCGUUGGGAAGAAGCAGCUCAAUGUAAAGGUCGACUCUAUUCUCAGUUCUAAGACAGCUGAUCAGGUCUUUCACUACUACAUCGACAGCCUCGCUCCGAAAUGCCCCAUGGUUGUGUUUCCACCCGGGACAACAGGUAAGCUUAGAGAGUUGGCGGUUGCAUUAAGGGGCUAUCUAGCAGACAGUGUUGAUGUUCGAGGUGAGAAGUUGCUCGAACUCAUUCAAGCGCUCCGAGUCGCGUCGCUCUGGUACAGAGCCACAGACUCUUACAGGCAGAUGAACCUGAAUCAGCUGGCUCACAUCGCAACCACCAUGGCCGUAAAUCGGGCUGGAAAAGGUCGAGGUGUUUCAGCCGGUUGGCAAAACCCAGGACAACUGGGGCCGCAUAGAGGCACAGCGGGCAUGACUCGGCUGUUUUCUCCUAUCUGCGAGGUAAUUGUUGCACUGUUCGAUCGACUUCGGGGAUUGACCAAAUCUUAA